AGGGCUGCGCCUGGAUCCGAAAGCGCGUUUACGUGGGAUGUAACAAAGCAAUCCCAAGCAGGUCUACUUAUAAGUAAAACUCAUCGGGUUCAAAAGAAUUUACUUCUAGAUUCUUUGUGGUGAGAAAGGCAAACACACCAUGGACUUAAAGUGUGCUGAGCUUUUGCCUUCCGUCUGUACUGUUCUAGCAGACCCACGGCACCUGGUUUCCGAUGAUACCUGUCUAGAAAAGUUGCUCGACUGGUUUAAAGCUUUGACCAACACUGGCUCUAGCUUGCUGCUCUUAGAGGAACAUCCGUGCUUGGUGGAGCUGAUCUUGACUGUGCUGAGACAGGAGGAGCCAAAUCCCAUAAUCCUUUCCUUUGUCCUAAGACUUACGGGGUUAUUCGCUGCCUCAGAAAGCUGUUACCAACACUUACAGCAGGGGGAUGUGGUGCACAGUGCCUUUGGAGAAGCUGGACCUCUCAGCAGCGCACUGUGGGAAGACACAUCUGUGCGCAGCGGCUGGGUUCAGGGCGCUUACAGCAUGCUGCAACACCCCAGCGCCUUCCAGUUCUUAUGCAGCUCUGGUGCCAUAGAUACGAUCUUCACCCUGCAGGAAGACCGCAGCUUAUUCGUGGCCUCAGUGGCCAAUCGUCUUCUUGCGCGCGUACUUGUCUUCUCCAUUCCGUCGGCACGUUCUCGUCCUCUCGGCACAGAGGACUGCGAGUGGCCGGUGUGUGCGCGAAGGAUUGUGUUUCACCUUGAGGAGUCUCUUCGCUCGCACUCCACCUCCCGUACUAACCAGUCCGUGAAGUUGCUGACAACGCUCUUUGAGCAGACCCAGGAGGCGUGGACUGAAGUCCUCUGGUCACGGAUUGCGGAAACGAUUGAGUCCCUUCUGAAAGAGGAGUCGGCCCACGUGGGACACUCGCUGGUGGACCUGCUUCUUAGUAUGGCGAGGUCUCCUGUGUUUAGCUGUGGUGCAUGCAGCCUCUGGAAGUCGGUCACACUUGCUCUGAAAUGCUUCAACCCGACUCACGCUGGUCUCCUGGCACGGGGGCUUCUGAAGCUCGAGGAAUGCCCCCAGGAAAUUAAGACUCGAGGUCUGCAUAUUCUGCUCCAGCCAUUGGCCUGCGUCAUGAGAGCCGUCUCUCAUUCCUUGGAGCUCUCAGGUUUCCUGGGUGGGCCUCUUGAUGGAGUCGCCUCUGUGGAAUCCGUUCUCUCCUCUAGGUCUUCAUGUGUCAGUCUCCUGUGCCAGACACUGGUUCAUCUCGAGGAGAUCCAGCACCUGGCCUGCCUGCCCAUGGAUUUCCCCCACAAUCCUUUGCUGCACUCUGUCGUGGCUGUGCUACAGCUCUGUGCAGGCCUCACUGUGCCAGUCUCCUCCCUGGGAGCGACCAUCAGCAGGCUCCUCAUUGGCUGCUUCCGAGUUCAGCGGGCAGCGCUUCAUCUCCUUGGAGCCCUCUCUCGAUGGGCAAAUUGCAAUGUAGCCGUGGAAGAGAUAUUUGACAUCCUUCUUGUCUACCUGCAAAGUCCAGACACCAGCCCUACCGUUCUGAAGAAAGCAUUUCAAGCAACCUUGAAAUGGUGUCUGAGCUUCUCUGGAACAUCCGGCUCCACCAGUGGCUUCCUACGAUACAAACAAUUUCUCCAAGAUGCCAUGCCCAUGUUGCAGAAACGCAUGUGCAGCCCGAGCUGGGAAGUCCGGGACUCUGCCUUGGAAUUUUUCACUCUGGCGACGAAACACUUGAAAGAGCAAGAGUGGUUCUGGCAAGCGCUGUCCUCCUCGGAAGUGCUGGUGCUCGCUAAAGGCCUUCUGGAUGACCCCGAGAGCUACGUGCGAGCCAGUGCCGUGAAAGCCCUGGGGCAGUUUUCCUUGGUUGCCAACACUGCCUCGAAGAUGUCUGGCCUUGAUAUUAAGGGGAAUUAUAAUGAGGACAGCAUUGCUGCUCACUUGCUGGAAAUCUUGUCAUCGGACUCCGAAGGCUUCCCCCGCAGAGCUGUGGUUGGCAUCUUCAUAGACUGGCUCCGAGAAGGCCGCCCGGCUGUCCGGACUGACACUGAACUGUUGGUUUCCAAAGUGAUCCAAGCUGUGAUGGGAGACUUGGACUGGGAAGUCAAGAUCAGCGGCUUGGACCUGGCAGGGGCUUUUGCUGCCCAGUCCUUCGAUUGCUUUGGCCUGGCCGAGUGCCCGUAUGCUGCCAACGUCUCCUCCGUCAGCCAGCUUGCUGGUCUCCCUGAAGUGCUGCAGGCGUUCUGCCGAGUGAACUUGUUCGGCUUCCUUUUUGGAGCUCUGGGGGACUGUGACAGGCCAGUGGCGCUGAAAGCCUGCGAGAUCCUUACCGAAGUAAAGUUGAAGAUCUGCGCAGGCUGUGGCCUGAAAAAAGGACAGAGGCUAGAACCGCAAGAUAAUGAGUGGCUGGAGGAGACCUUGAGGGCGGUAGCACCUUCUGCUUCGAGACUUCCCGUGGGAGAUUUCUCCCAAAUGAUUUCCCAAGAUCCAAAGCAUGUUCUCCUGAUUUUAGAGGCAGUAGACCUGGAGGGGUUGCAAAAAGCUCUGGGCAGAAGCAGUGAUCACCUUGAGAAAAGCCCCCAAUCCCUUCUGCAGGACAUCCUCUCUGCAGGGGGAACUCUGGAAGAGAACGAAGCAGACUGCUACUGAAGAGGGGGCUUGGGGGCUGCCGUCUUGGAGACCGGCUUAGAAAGGUGUCAGCAUUGCACUGAAGGUCAACUGGAUGCAAAAUGCUGUUCAGUUAUAGGUAAACGGGCAGAUGUUUCUCAAAAUAGUCAAGAAAGUGUUGCUCUUGAAAAUCACUGCGCACUUAAUUCUGGAAACCCUUGGAAGAACCAGUCCCCAAGGCCUUUCAAGGGGUUAUUCACAUUUAUGACAUGGAGUUUUUACAGCCACGUGAUCUGCUUGUGCACAUCUAAGAUUUUGUAACUGCGCAGGAGCCAGGGGUGGUAUUUUUUUGCUGGGUGUAGCCCGCAUCUACACAUGUGGGGAAGCGGUCUGUAAUUUCCACUUUUUAGAGAACAACCAUUCCAUUGCGCGACAAUCAGCACACCGGCUGUCCCUUAUGGAAGGGCUUUCCAGGCUCAAGCUUUGCAACCUACCGACCAGCCUCUUGGUCUUGGAAUAAUUGCAGAUGCAUUGCAGUUUAAUCAGUUGGCAUUUAGGCCUGUCGACCAUGAUCCUUGGACCAGAAGUUGAUUUACUGACAGAGCGACUAAGAGGUGUUUGCCAUACCGGGAGUUUCUUUUGUUACUAAUAAAACAUUAUUUCAAUCAGGGCUUUUUUUCUGGGAAAAGAGGUGGUGGAACUCAGGACUGCAAAAUGAUGUCACUUUGGGUCAGCUGGAACAAGGGGGGAGUUUUUUAAAGCUUA